AGGUAGCUGCUGCCGCGGUUAAAGUAUAAAGCCGUUAAUUAUUAGGAGAUGGCACCAAGAGCUAAACGGGCAAGGGUGGAAGGAGUAGUAACCAAAGAAUUACUGAAGAAAAUUAUCAAGAGAGCAGCGUUCCUUCGCUCUACGAGAUGUAAAACUCAGAAGGAAGACGAGGCCAUCAACAGGAUAUGUUUUGUACUAAUUUCGAAAGACUACGUAUGUGGUAUUCUAGUAAAUGAAUUCAAAACAUACUGUCCUCAUUAUCCGGAAGACGUCCUCAUUCCCUUUUACGAGCCUUCAUAUAGCUUUGUUGAUGAUCACCUUGAACUCCUUAAUGAUUCAAUUAGAGCCAGGCGCAGAUCAAGAUUUCCAGUCCCUGUGAUUUUAUAUGAAGGGAAGUAUAUUUGCCGUUCUUCAGCAUGUCAUCAAAACGUAAUUUCAUUAUGGCUUACAGAGAAAGGACUGACUGAAGAAAGUUGGCAGAAAAUCGAGACCUAUGGCAUGACUACUAACGUUGCAAACUAUCUGUUAGAGAGUCUUAAGUACCUGAAAGCACUGCAAAAUGAUGCAAAUUGCUGAGACACAUGGGAGUAGAUUAUUUGCGACUUGAGAAUUCG